UCAUACACUCCUUUCAUACCUGCUCACUUCAGCAUUUGAGCAACAUGGCCUUCACAGGGAAAUAUGAGCUGGAGAGUCAAGAAAACUACGUGGAGUUUCUGGAAGCAGUCGGGCUUCUGAGUGCCAAGACAGACCACAAAGUGGUAACAGAGGUGGUGCAGAAUGGAAAUGACUUUGUCUGGACACAGAGCAUUCCCAACUGGACCUGGUCCAACAAGUUCACCGUUGGCCAGGAAUGUGAGCUGGAAACAAUGAUCGGCUCCAAAUUCAAGGCCCCCGUCACCAUGAAAGAUGACAAGAUUUCAAUACAGUUUCCUCAGUAUCUCUUCACAGCAGAGAUCAGUGAAGAUAAACUAGUAAUGAAUUGCAUAACUCCAGGGGAGAAGGGAGUGGUGUUCAAAAGAGUUAACAAGAGGAUCUAAUGUUGCGAAACUCAACAUGCCCCAACAGAGUAUUCACUAUCUCAACACUGGUACAGAGAGCUAGCUCAAGGAAACUGUGUGAUGCAUUAAGGGAAUAAAACCACCUCCUGGAAAUUGUUGCUCCAAUCAUCUCCUCAUUAACACAAUGGCAGAGGAAGAGGAAAGACCAAACCAUCUGAUCUGUGGAGCAAGACAUUUCUGGCCUCCAGAGAACUUUCUUGUUGUUAGUUAGUUAGUUUUAGCGUCCAGACGUGUGGAAAUAACUGUGUACUGUAAUUCUAGACCCGUGAAGCCCUCAGCUCUACAAAUGUUCAAUUUUGCUCCAAUAAAAAUGUUGAAGCACA